AUGUUAUUAAGGACAAACCUUUUCGCUCAUUUUUCCUCAUCAUCCUUUAUCUUCAAUAAGGAUCGUACAAAAACACUUUUCAUCUACCAUAACAUUUACAAAUCUUGGACUUGGACCGGCGGCCACAAUGAUGGUGAUCCAGACUUCCUCCAUGUAGCAAUGAAGGAAGCCAAAGAAGAAACAGGCGUAAAUGUUCGUGUUGUCUCACCGGAACCAGUAUGCCUAGAUAUUAUUCCUGUAUGGGGACAUGUAAAGAACGGAAAAUGGGUAUCAAGCCAUCAACACAUUAAUUUAACAUACAUACUCGAAGCAGAUGAAAAUGAACAACUUGUUGUGAAACCCGAUGAAAAUAGUGGGGUUAGAUGGAUCCCUGUUGACGAAGUAUGCAAAAUUAAUGAAGAAUACAUGAUGCAUCCGAUUUUCAAGAAGAUCAUCGAGAGAGCUCAAAAAAUGUUUUAA